AUGGAGAGCUACAAAUACACACCGCUUAGCAGCGAGCGUCAAGAAAUACGGCUGGUCUCACUUCUACCUGGAGCGGAGAAUACAGACAUUUGCAUCCGGAUUCUACACUACUCUUUGCUGAACCUCAGACGCUCCGCAAACCCGAUCCUUGAUCUGAAGGAGGCGGAGAACAGCGAUUCCGAGUGGACAGCUUAUGAAAGUCUUGACCAUCGCAUUCUGCUAGAGAACAAAGACGACCUGACAAAAUGGUACACUGACCCGCGAGCAGAGCCCGUCAAAGGAGGUUCAAACAAUAGCAUGCCCGGUGGGACCCUUUUUGAGGCGCUGUCAUAUGUAUGCGGAGGCGAUGACGAUCAAAAGAUGGCCUACGUACAGGGUGAAACGAGCGCGGUCUGCGACCUGUCGACAGUCGCUAUUCGAUGCAACCUUGACCAGGCGUUACGACAUCUGCGGGACAUGGAGGAGCCUCGUCUUCUAUGGAUCGAUCAAAUCUGUAUCAAUCAGAGCGAUCGGAAAGAGAAAGGCCAUCAGAUCGCCAGCAUGUCCAAGAUCUACGAAUCUGCAUCUCGUGUUGUCAUCUGGCUUGGAAAGGACUCGACCGCCAGCUCGCACGCGAUGACGACGCUCGAAUAUCUGGGCAGACAGGUUGUGAUAUCGCAGACUGAUCCUCACCUCUUUUUCCCCGAUCCGGAUGCCAGCGAGCCGGACUGGUAUCGGAGCAAGGCCGAGCUUUCCUACAGCACACACACAUGGUCCAGUAUUUGCGCACUGCUAAGCAGAGACUGGUUCGAGCGCUUGUGGGUAGUACAGGAGGUUCAACUUGGUGAUUCAUGUUCUGUGGUACAAUGCGGUCGCCACGAAAUCCGCUGGACGCAUUUGAGACAAGCCAUACUGACAAUCUACAAUAAACUUCGAUUGCCUUCAGACAGCUUGCGGCAGAUCGUUCGCCGAGCCGAGGAAAUCGCCUUGAAUCGCAACAGAAAGACCUUGAGCUUACUUCUGGAGGUCACGAAGAUGUCAAAGUGUGUCGACCCACGAGAUAGGAUCUAUGGUCUGCUCGGUCUGCUGAUGAAAGGAGAGCUUGAUAUGGACUUCAUGCCAGAUUACACUAAGGAGGUCGAUGAGGUGUAUAAGAUUGUGUUCCUCAAAGCUUCGUCGUUGACCGGACGUCUCGACUUGUUGCGACAUUGCGAGCAUGGCUCAUGGCCACAGAAAGAGAUUCCAUCGUGGGUGCCUAAUUGGAACGCACAAGACAAAGCGAACCACAUAGCAGCGUGGCUGGAUGCCGGCCGCGACCUGAUAAGACCCAUCGCGUGGACGCCUGAGGGAUUACUUGAGGUUGACACCGUCAAUCUCGGCAGAAUCAUCAGUACGGGCGAUGUUAUCUUGAGGCCUGGUGUCUCACCAGAGGAGCGAUUACGAUUCACACGCCAACUGGGCGAUAUGGAACCAUCGAUAGGGGACCGCAGUCCAUAUCUCACGUCUGGCGAAGACCUGCUUGGAGUGCACAUUUCCCGCCUCUGCUGGGGUUCCUUGCAAAACAAGCUGAUGGACUACCAUGUUUCAUCGCUGGAACAGUACAUGAAAGUGUACAAAGCCAUCUUCAACAGCACAUCAUCGGAGUCCUCCACCAUAAUCAAUGAGCCCCUGGUACGACAAAUCGAAUACUGGGCCAGCGGACGCCGCCUCUUCACCACUUCCCAAGGUCAUCUCGGAAUCGGCCCGGCACCGAUGCAAGUCGACGAUGCUGUCUGCGUUAUUCGCGGCUGCGGAGCUCCGAUGGUGCUGCGGCCUGUCAUGGACGAGACGGACAUCUUUACGGUCGUCGGCGAAGCGUACGUGCAUGGCAUGAUGGAUGGGGAAGCGAUCUUGGGUCCUUUACCGCCGUCAUAUACAGUACGCUAUCGACGUCUGUCCGAUGGUCAUUACCAGCAGCAUUUCUUCAGGUCGGACUCGGCAGGCAACGAGGAAAGAACGACUGAUCCACGACGUUCGAAUGUCGGCAGAGGAAGUAUUGCUAUGUCAUCUGCGUGCGAAACCACCGCCAUCUUGCUUGCGUGA